AUGGAGUGUUUUCGUCAGAUCGUCCGGUGCAUCAAGUCGCCAUUCACACCCAAGCAGAGGGUGCUUGAAAUCGGCCCUCCCACCAACUUCAGGAAGGAAGAAUUGCCUGCCUGCUUUUCCGAUGCCGACACCCUGACGUCUCGCGUCAGUCGCGAGCCGACGCCAGAGGAGCCGGAGAAGAGUGGCACUGUCGAGACCGUCGAGUGUCCGCUCUCAGCGAAGGAGAAAAUUCAACAUCACGUCCGAAGGAUGAGCAUCAAGCUGUCACCGCCAGCGUCCGAGAGUGCAUGA